AAUCUUUUUUUUUUUUUUUUUUUUUUCUUUUUUUUUCUGAUGGACUCAACGAGGAGGAUUCCAAUCUCCAUCUCAAUCUACCCUCUCUUCUUUCCACAAUUAUUGCACUACUUGCAGUAAAACCCAUCUUCAUCUAUCUUCGUGAUUAGCCCAGCCCCAUCUCCCUCAAGUAAAUAAUGAAUGGCGGUGUUGCAUCUCUUAAUUCAGAUGAGUCUGAGUUCGUUGAAGUAGAUCCUACCGGAAGAUAUGGAAGGUAUAAUGAGAUUUUGGGGAAGGGAGCUUCAAAGACAGUUUAUAGGGCUUUCGAUGAGUAUGAAGGCAUAGAAGUGGCCUGGAAUCAGGUAAAGCUGUAUGAUUUCCUGCAAAGUCCCGAGGAUCUUGAGAGGUUAUACUGUGAAAUCCAUCUACUGAAAACCUUGAAACACAACAAUAUCAUGAAAUUCUACACAUCCUGGGUUGAUACUGCGAACAGGAACAUGAAUUUUGUGACCGAGAUGUUCACUUCUGGUACCCUUCGACAGUAUAGGCAGAAACACAGGAGGGUUAAUCUAAGAGCAAUUAAACAUUGGUGUAGACAGAUCUUGAAAGGCCUGCUCUAUCUCCAUAGCCAUGAUCCUCCUGUUAUCCAUAGAGAUCUUAAAUGUGAUAAUAUUUUUGUUAAUGGGAAUCAAGGAGAAGUCAAGAUUGGUGAUUUAGGGCUUGCAGCCAUUCUGCGUAAAUCUCAUGCUGCUCGCUGUGUUGGAACACCAGAAUUCAUGGCUCCCGAGGUUUAUGCCGAGGAAUACAAUGAAUUGGUGGAUAUAUAUGCUUUUGGAAUGUGCAUUUUGGAGAUGGUCACAUUUGAAUAUCCUUAUAGUGAAUGUACUCAUCCCGCUCAGAUCUACAAGAAAGUUAUCUCGGGGAAAAAACCUGAUGCGCUGUACAAAGUUAAAGACCCCGAAGUGCGACAAUUUGUGGAGAAAUGUCUAGUUACCGUUUCUCUUAGGCUUCCAGCAAAAGAGCUACUCAAAGACCCUUUUCUCCAACCGGACGAUUAUGGCUACGAUUUGAGGCCGAUUGAUUAUUGGAGAGAUUUUGACGGAAUGCCUCUAAUAAAUAAUCAUUUAAUUACCAACAGCCCACCAACCGAUAACUACUCAAACUAUCUUGGUUAUGAACUUGAAGGAAAUGAAAUUGAAUUGUUCACAACCCAAGAACAAGACCAUCUUGAAGACAUCGAUAUUUCUAUCAAGGGAAGGAGGGGAGAUGACGAUGGCAUCUUCUUAAGACUACGAAUUGCCGAUAGAGAAGGGCGUGUUCGGAAUAUUUACUUCCCCUUCGACAUUGAAUCCGACACAGCAUUUAGUGUUGCAAAUGAAAUGGUUUUCGAGUUGGAUAUCACCAAUCAAGAUGUCCAUAAGAUAGCCGACAUGAUCGAUGGUGAAAUUUCUUGCUUAGUGCCCGAGUGGAAAAAAGGAUUAAGUCCAUUAGAAGAAAGCCCGCAUCACGAGAACAACGGUUUCUGCCAAAGUUGCGAGCCAAACGGUUCCCGAAUCAACUACUUACCCGCAAGGACCACGAAUGGAAAAAACCUACUUCACUGUUCGCGCCACCAUUGUGCCGCCAUCCAUGGCCGUUUUGAAGAAAUAACUUAUCAAUUUGAAGGGUCUGAGCAUUGUGUCACCGAGGGUGCACCCGUGGUCUCGAGCCAAUCUGAUGGAUUACAAUAUUCCGAUAUAUGGGCUCAUCACGAGGGACCAGAAAUGGGCACGAGUGAAUAUCAAUCGUGUACGGAGGACGAACCAGGAGAACGAGAAGUUUUGAAGGCGGUGAAGUUAAAGGUAUUGGAGGAAACUGAAACUACUCCCCACGAACAACAGGAUUUUGCAGAUGAUUAUGAAAAUGAAAUUAGACAAGAACUCAGAUGGCUCAAGGCCAAAUAUCAGAUGGAGCUAAGGGAGCUUAGAGAUAAACAACUAGGACUUGCUCCAAAAGUUUAUUCUAGCUCUAGUAAACAUACAAAAGAAAAAUCGUCAUCUUCAAUAGAACACAAGGAUGAUGAUCAUUUACUAAAAUCGUUCGCUUCGGGGACACAUUUUGUUUCUUUUCCUAUAAAUGAUGGGACAUGCGAAGAGACAAGUUUUGAGGACAAUUAUUUGCUUCCUCAAGCUCUUCAUAGGGCAACUUCUCUUCCUGUGGAUGCUAUAGAUGGUUGA